CCCCCACUCUUCCUCCACCCACUCAUAAUAAUUAUACUGCCAUAAUUAUUGUUCCAUUUUUCCUUCUUGAAUUGUUAUUUUACACCAAAAUGGCGUAUGAAGAGCACCGCUAUGGCCAAGUGGAGAGGCCAAAAUAUGAUUGCCUUUUAUUCGAUCUUGAUGACACACUCUAUCCCCUCAGCUCUGGUUUGGCAGCAGCAUGUGGCAAAAACAUUAGAGAUUACAUGGUUGAAAAACUCGGUAUCGAACCCAGCAAAAUUCAAGAACUGGGCAACUUGCUUUACAAGAACUAUGGCACCACAAUGGCGGGUCUCAGGGCAAUUGGCUACGAGUUCGACUACGACGAAUACCACAGAUUUGUGCACGGGAGACUGCCAUAUGAAAACUUGAAGCCCGACCCUGUUCUUCGGACUCUUCUUCUUAGCCUGCCUUACCGCAAAGUUAUUUUCACGAACGCGGAUAAGGAUCACGCGGUGAAAGUGCUUAGAAUACUUGGGUUAGAGGAUUGCUUUGAGGGAAUCAUAUGCUUCGAGACUCUCAAUCCGGCAUUCAAAUUUGACAAUGACAAAGAAGACAAGGAGUGUCCCACAUUUGUGGGACGCGAAGGGAUCUUUGACAUAAUUGGACACUUCUCCCAGCCAGACGCUGUAGGGCUGCCCAAGACGCCGGUCCUGUGCAAGCCAUCGGUGGCAGCCAUUGAAAAGGCUGUUGAAAUAGCCAAUCUUGAGCCACACAGAACUCUCUUCUUCGAAGACAGUGUCCGAAAUAUACAGGCCGGGAAGUGUGUGGGCCUUCACACUGUUCUCGUAGGGAAAUCUCAGAGAGUUGAAGGGGCAGAUUAUGCAUUAGAAAGCAUCCAUAACAUGAAGGAGGCAUUGCCAGAGUUGUGGGAGACCGAUAAGGCUGGGGUCCGUGUUAAGUACUCCGGCGUGGCGGUUCCGGCGUUUGUCAUUGCUUAGGUAUCUAUCUAUCUAUCAAGAAGAGGGAGGUGUUCUUGUCCGUUGUGAAUCCUGAUUAUGCGCUGUUGUUGUACUCAUUUCUCUGAUUGUAGAAAAAUAAGCCUAAUGUAAUGUA